UUCAAUGCAGAGGUCGGGUGACGCCCCUCCCCUGCCUCCCUAGCAUCAGCACCUCCAAACUGAACAAGGCGGCCGGGAAAAGGAUGCUCUCCGGUCCGCGAUGCUCACCAGCGCGAGGAGACCAAACGAUGAGACGACUAACCGCGAGGCGCUCGAGCGGCUGGGUAUAGUCACUGUUUUCUGCACGUUUAUGUUGCCUCGCUGCCUCCAUUCAUGAUGCACCAUUCAUGCAUCCCCAAGAAUGGAAACACAUUGCGAGGAAAACAUAUAAAUCGCCUGUUAUAGCCCUGUUGUUUCGCUUUUGUAAGACACAUUCUCGCUCGUUUGAUGAAGCUUCUUUUCAUGUAGGUCAAGGUGAUGAGGAGCCCGAUUUUGUCUUUUGAGGGCGCCGCGCGAAUGUAGGGCUAAUACAGGAAAGCCAAGCAAACAAAAGGCAUCCAGCCCCCCUCCUCUGACGCACCUGGCUGCCCUGUCGCCACUUGACAUGACAGCGCAGAGCCGGGAGCAGAGCAGCAGGAUCAAGGGGCACCGACGUGCAGCCGGACGUGUGGACUCGACAGGGAACAGAGGAGCCUCCGGACGCACGGCGGAGAAGCAGCAGCAGCCCAGGGGAGGCCGGAUUGCAGUUUCUGGGGACGAGCGCCAAGGGCAGUGCGGCAGUCAGCAGGCAGACCGGGGGGAGGAGGCUGCGGAGAUCUGUGAUACUUCCCCCCCAGGCCCCACUGCGCUCUCACCUCCGUAUCAUCCUGAAUAUAUCAUGGUGGAAGCUCUUAUGUUUCAUCAAUGGUGACUGUGACACUCCCCAUCAUUUUCUCUCUUCUUUUUACCUCCUUCCCAACCAAUCAGUGAUGAUGGGCAAUUAAAAGAUUAGAUCUGCUCUCCAGGCAAGGGUGGACCCCGGAGGGGACUGAUGUGCAUACUGGCCAGGUAUCAUUUGCUCCCUUCUUCUCUGGUUUUGCUCAUUUUGCUUGCUGCCUGCACUAUGGGCUGUAUUCAGAGCAUCGCAUGCAAGCCCCGCAUCAGACGGGAGAACAUUGUGGUGUAUGAGGUGUCAGCCUCUAUUGACCAGUGUCCCACCAUCAUUGAGGAGAACUCGCCGAUUGUGCUUCGUUACAAGACGCCUUACUUCAGGGCCUCAGCAGGGGUUGUGAUGCCACCAGUGCCCCGCAAUGAAACUUGGGUGGUGGGCUGGAUCCAGGCUUGUACCCAGAUGGAGUUCUACAACACCUAUGGGGAUAUUGGCAUGUCCAGCUGGGAGUUACCAGAGCUGCGAGAGGGUCGGGUCAAGGCCAUCAGCGACUCAGACGGCGUCAGCUACCCCUGGUAUGGCAACACCACCGAGACAGUCACCCUGACCGGACCCACAUCCAAACCGUCCCGUCUGACGGUCAGCAUGAACGACAACUUCUACCCCAGCGUGACCUGGGCAGUGCCCAUCAGCAACAGCAACACGCCCAUGCUGACCCACAUCACCCGGGACCAGAGCUUCAUCACCUGGCUGGUGGCGAUGAACUCCGUCACCAAGGAGCGCAUUGUGUUGCAGACGGUGCGGUGGCGGAUGCGAGUGGACAUUGCCGUGGACCCUGACAUGCCUCUAGGCUCUCGGGCCUCGUUGGUGGGUCGUCCCUACCAGGAGCAGCCGCACAUCCUCAACUACCAGGAGCCCAUCCCCCCCAAUGCGCUGGGGAGGCCGAAUGCCAACGACGCCCAAGUGCUAAUGUGGAGGCCACGGAGAGGAGCGCCACUAGUGGUCAUCCCGCCAAAAUAAGAGGGUCAAACGGUUGCACAUACUAAAGUGUUGAUUGUUCCCUCUUGCAGGAUAGGGGGUAUGAAGGUGAUGAAGUCCUGAAGCCAAUCAGAGAAGAGAGAAUUGAUGGUUUCCCUGCGCUUAAGAUGCCAGUGGCUCAUUGCCCCUGAAAGAUUUAAGUGGACCAUUAUAACAAGCCAGAGUGGAUAUUACAUCUUGGAUCUGACACAACACAGUGUCAGAACGGAAAUCUACAACAAACUUGUGUCAAGAGCCUGGGUUGCAUCAAGGCUGUUUUUGGCCCCCGACAAGUUUUGGACUGCAUUAAAGAGUUCUGCCUGCUUUUUAGCAAACAAGGAACGCUGUUUUUAGAUGUACCACAGAGGUAUUAGACACCAACGAGAACUGCAUCCUGCAUCCUUAUGUAGAUCUUAUUGCAUGAGAGCGUGAGAGAGACAAGAGAAAUCGUCCUUGAGAAGUUUAAGAAUAGCAUUUGUUUUGUAUAACUUGAUACCUGAAGACAUUUUGAUUGAAAAGUCAGCCAAAAAAAACAAACAAAAAAAAACCCUGCGGGCUGGUCAAACCUCGUCAGUGCCAACUAAGGCCUUCAGCACACUCAGUACCAGAGUUAAAGGAUGUAUUCAGAGAAUUUUAAAAGAGACAAAGUAUUAUAUGAAUCUUUUUAGGUUAAGAUUAACUCAUGCAUCAAUCAGAUUGUAUUAAGAGCACCCACCUUGCAUAAAAGUCUGGAAGAAGAACAAACCUGCUGUAGUUUUCACUGGAGUUUUGCUAACACACCAAACUUAUGCACCAACGUAUUUUCAACUCAGUCGUGCAGCUGAUAUUUUAUUCAGAUGGGUGACAAACGAUCAGAGGAAGGAGCUGGACCUGUUACCACAUUAAAUAAAUAAUGUCAACUAUGCUUUCAAUAAGUGCAGUGUAAAUGACUUGGAAUAGUGCCAUACAGCAAAUUUAAAACAAGAGGGCGGUAGCUGGAAUGAAGCCGAAUUGUACUCAGACCUAAGGUAGAUUCGAUGUGGCACUAAUCAGGCCAUGUUGCACUACCGAGUUACAUAAAUCUUCCUACAAUCAGGGAAUCUAAAUGUACUCUUAAUGGUUUCCUUGGUGUGGAAUUAAACCAGACUGCAUUUUGAAAAUGAUUUGUUCAAUUUAGUGCCAUUAUUUAAGACUGGUUUAUGAGGUCAUAUUACAGUUUCUCAUUAUAUCGUUAAUGUAUAUCAGUGGUUCUCAACUUACGGGCUCACAAUCGGGUGCAGGGUGGCCAGCUAACCAUUUUCUAAUUCAAAAAGCAAAUAAAUUGAUUUACACUGGAAAUGUUUUGUAUUUUUUUCUGGAGAGAUCAUAAGAAGCAUGGCUUCGAUCCCCCAGACUUCCCUGGCAGAAGUGCAAGCUGAGGCCCUAAUGCCUUCAAAUCCUAGAGACACCCCUGUGCACACAGCCCUGCACAGGGGCUGCUGCCACUGGGUUUGCCUGUUGCAAACAUCGAAAAGGUUGAAAACUGGCAAUUAAUUUAUUAUAUAUACUGAUAAAUAUUGUUAAUGUUUGUUAAAGGACCAGUGUGUAGGAUUUAGUGACAUCUAGCGGUGAGGAUUGCAGAUUGCCACAAGCUGAACCUUCGCUCACGUGGAAAGCGUGAACUCCUGGUUAGAAUUCCUUCAGUGCUCAUUGUUCAGGAGGUUUUUAGCGGAAGCCGAAUAAUCCGCAGAGGUCUUUUCCUCUUCAAAACAAACAGACCCGGUGAUUUAAACCGGUAAAGACACUGAAUAAAGAAGUAAGUUCUGUGUUUUUCCAACGCUGUUUGGCUCAUCGCAGGGGGGCUGCCAACGUGAAAACGUGAAUGGCCCUAUCUAGAGCCAGUGUUGGGUUUGUCCGUUCUUGGCUGCUGUAUUAACGUGGCGAUGCAACAUGGACAAAGACCUGCUCCCUAUGUAGAUAUAAAAGCUCAUUCUUAGGUCACCAGAACACAACAAUUUGAGUUUUCAGGUGAUUAUACACUAAAGAAAACACACUUCUAUAUUCCUUUUCUGUCAAAAUACCCCCCUAUAUCCUACACACUGGACCUUUAACUGGCCUCCUGUCAUUCUGCAAAAGUGGCAAACCAAGUUGAGCAUCCCUGACGUAUAUUAUACUGCUCUGCAGAUGGCUCUGCAGAUAAUCACAGAUGAAGGUUUCCUGUGUCAUGGCUUGGUCUGUCCAGUGGGCUUAUCCUGGUCUCAGUCCAAGUCCCUGCCUGCCACUCUACACAGGAGUCACAUGACUCAUCCUCCAUCUGUGCCUCUCUCCAGGUUCACGCCUCACCUUCCCAAUCUGCUUGCUUGUUUUCUCCCCUGUCCGUCCACCCUCAUCACACACACUAUCUCCAUCCAAAUACACUCUGAUUCCACAACUAUGCAAAGAUUAUCUGUGACUGUAAACAAAAACAGAGGGAGAAAAACUGGCAACAUGGGAAAGAUGUGUAUUUUUCAUUUGCCUCAAUCUCCUUUUUUUAUUUUUCAGGGUUGAAUAA